GGGCGCUGUCGGGCGGGGCCGGGCCGGGCUCCCCCGCGCGGUGGGUGUGGCCGAGGGCGUGGCCGUCGCGCGGAUGGCGGCGCCGCUCGCGGUGCUGCUGCUGAGCGGGAAGAGGAAGUCGGGGAAGGACUUCGUGGCCGAGGAGCUCCGGGGCCGGCUGGGCCCCGCCGUGUGCACCGUCCUGCGCCUCUCCGGGCCCCUCAAGGAGCAGUAUGCCCAGGAGCACGGCCUGGACUUCCAGCGGCUCCUGGAUGCCAGCACCUACAAGGAGAGGUAUCGGCAGGACAUGAUCCGCUGGGGCGAGGAGAAGCGCAGCGCUGACCCCGGCUUCUUCUGCAGGAUGGCGGUGGAGGGGGCGGCGCAGCCCGUGUGGGUGGUGAGCGACACGCGGCGCCUCUCGGACGUGCAGUGGUUCCGGGACAACUACGGGGACGCGGUGCAGACCGUGCGGGUGGUGGCCACCGAGGAGACGAGGAAGAAGAGGAACUGGGUCUUUGUCGCUGGGGUGGACGAUGCCGAGUCCGAGUGCGGCCUGGACCAGGGAGUGGCCUUCGACUGGGUGAUCACCAACGACGGGGACAAACGAUCCCUGGACGAGCAGCUGGAGACGCUGCUGCAGUCGCUCCGCAGCCGGCUAUAGCUCGGUGAUGCUCUGCCGGGGCUCAGGGACCGCAUCCCCCCACCUGGCCCCGCGGCGUCCCCCCACAAAUAAAAUUCUGACACUGCGAA